AUGGGCAUCAACAUGUCUUUCGUCGAGCUGGUGCUGUUGGCGGCCGGCCUGGCGCACGCGGCCACCUUCCCGCCGCCCCUCGAACUCCCUCGCCCUCCUCCGCCUCCUCGCCCAGUCCAGGACCAGCACCACGCCCCCGAGCACCUCCUCAAGGCGUUCGGUCUGAGCCAGCCCGGGGUGCGAGGAUGGCACGCUGAGCCGCCGCAGUACAUGCUGGACCUCUAUCAUCGACUGGCGGACGCGAGUGGCCUGACGCGCGGGCCCGGCCCUUACGGCGCCACCGUCAUCAGGGCCUUCGCCGAACGAGAGGGGAGUGGCGCCUCCACCUUCCUGUUUUCCCUGACUGGCCUGGAGGAGGGAGAGGAAGUGCUCGAGGCCGAGUUCCACUUCUACCACUCGCGUCUUCCCAAGGCUCAGCGUCGCCUUUUGGAUGAUAACACGUACUUGGUGGAGGUGGAGAGCACGAAGGCAGACGAGCGGCGAGUGCUGGGCAGUCAGCACGUGGCGGCCCACAGCGCCGGCUGGCGAGUGUUCAAACUGGGCUCCGUUGCGGCCGACUUGCAGGAGGGCCACGGCCACCCGCGCCACAGCCUGGUGGCUUUCGAGGUGCGCGCCAUGACUGCCGAGGGCCAAGCGCUCCCCCUGGGUCUCCACCAUGGCGCCAGAGGCUCCAGGCAGCCGUUGCUCGUCCUUUUUAACAGGCAGGCCAGCACGAACGAUACCCGGGACGCAGCCGAACUGGAAAUCAGCAGUCCAGAAGAGGCAACGGAGGAGGAGGUUUCGCCUCGAAUCCGACGCUCUAUAGAGGCCGUUGACGCCCCUUCCCCCGACGACGCCCUCGCACUUCCUUGCCAGCGACAGGACAUGCACGUGGACUUCGAGAGCAUCGGCUGGUCGUCGUGGAUCGUGGCGCCGGAGGGCUACAAUGCAUUCCAGUGCAUAGGGAAAUGUCGGUUCCCGCUAGGUCAGAACUUGAACCCGACGAACCACGCCACUGUGCAGAGCAUCAUGCAUCGCGCUGGCACCUUUCCGAGCGUCACCGAACCCUGCUGCGUCCCGUCCGUCUAUGCCUAUCUGUCUCUUCUCUUCUACGACGCGGAGGAGAACGUGGUCCUCAAGCAAUAUGACAAGAUGGUCGCUCUGCAGUGUGGCUGUCACUAACGCUUACUUACUAGUUGUGAAGAGAAGAGCCUUAGAGACUGUGAAUGUUGACCAUGUAAGAAGGAGUGUGUAUUUUGUGGGAUUAUGGCUGUUCGGGCGCACUAAUGCUAGUGACGAUGCCGUACUCGAACACCUGGUUCAACGCAUGCGAGAGGGAAUGCACCAGAGGACGGCUUUCCGAGGAGACUGACGUCAACUUCAUUCGUCGCAUUGCAGACCCGACGGAUUCUGAGCAUUCACGUUGCCUGCAUCUUUAUAAUGUCUACAAUCGCAGUCUGCCUUCAUAAAUGUAAUUAAUUGUCACUGAAGUGCGUGGCCACAGGUUACUUUAUCAUGUGUCCGCGUUUUUCAGAAGCAGCAGCAGUCUGAUUCCAUGCUUUGAGUGAAGUAUUACUGCAUAUAUCGUGUGUGGGUGUGUAAUUUAACUGACAAUAAAUGUCACAGGGAAAAAUAGCUUCUAUAUACAAGCUGAGGGAUCCAUUGUUUAA